AUGCCUCGAUCAUUGUUCUCGAGUCCUAUUAAUUCAGACGUCAGUAUUGACAUCAAUGAUGACGAGGAAGACGUGUCUCAGUCACUAAAACGAGAACCACUUUCGUCACCAAAUCUUCAUCCGAGCGAUUCAAUUACUAAACCAUCGAAACUAUCAUUUAGUAUAAACCGGUUAUUGGGAGCCAAUAGUGAUUCAACUAAACACAAUCAAAGCGGCCACACAUCGGAAGGGGAGUCAGAAUCGCCGACAUUCGUGUGUUCUCAACAUUCUUCGGCCGAAAACAAUGCAAUCACAACAUCCUAUCCCUCGUCACAUCACUCUAAAUGCCGGUCCCAUCGCAUGGCUGUCAGUCCGUACGACCAGUUGAUUGGAUCGUCUCCAUUGAUGCCGUCGGCACACAGACCACAGAUCACUACCCCUUAUUCCUCACACUAUCCCUGGUUAGGGCCCACAUCUCAUACUCUUCUCAAAGAUGGUUUGCAAAAGCUGAAGUUGUCAUCAAUAGGCAGUGUUUGUAAUAAUAGCAACAACUCGUCGGCGCCUAAUAAUAGUAAUGUCGGCGUAAGUGUCGGCACGUCUUCGGGUGUAUUGAAUAAGCCUCGAAAGAAGAGAUCGCGCGCCGCCUUCUCUCACUCCCAGGUCUAUGAGUUGGAGCGACGGUUCUCUCAUCAGAGGUAUCUCAGCGGUCCUGAAAGAGCCGAUCUCGCACAGGCUCUCAAACUGACCGAAACGCAAGUGAAAAUUUGGUUUCAAAAUAGAAGAUAUAAAACAAAACGCAAACAAAUGCAACACGAGUUGAUGAUACAGGCGGGCAGUGCAGCCCUACAUAUGCUGCCAUCGCAAACAUCGCCCUCCAGUCCUGGACUCAAUUCAUCGUCGAGUAGUAGGAAAGUGGCGGUUAAAGUGUUGAUGAAAGACGAUCAGCUCAUGUACGGCUCGGAUGACAUUAAUUUCUUAAAGCCAGCUAUAUAUCCCUUCCUAUACCCGCCCUGGAUAUUCGGGUGUUCGCAGUGA